AUGAAAGUACGUGCCCAAAAAAAAGAAUGUCAGUGCAGUGCUUGCACUAAAACCUUCUAUCGCCGGGAUUUAAAAAUGAAACAUGAAGCUUUAUGCUUCAGGAAGAGAACAGAAAACGAACAAAUGGAAAACGUACCAUUGAGAAACCAGGCAGGUGGCGCCUUCACAACAUCAGAGGACAGCAGAGUAUUAGACGGUGAAUGUCAAAGUGCACUGGGUGGUAAUGUGAAAACAAUACAAAUGAAACCAAGACAAAAUGAAAAAUAUGAUUUGUCCCUGUUUCUACAAGGAAAAAGAGCAAAUGUGCUGAAACAUCUAGAGAAAGAGCUAAAGGAAAAAAAGGGCGUAAAAUGGUUCAUCUCUGUGCAAGUUAAAAUGGUUAAAUAUCGCGAGGACUCAAAUGAGGAAUUUUCAGAACCACACUUCAGAAGUAAUUGUCAGCGGUUAUUAAACUUACAUGAACUACCAGAGCAGUACCUGGCCUGUGUAGAGAAGGUGAAAGAAUCUUUCCAAAGCUAUCAGCGUGAAGGAAGUGGAUGGCAGCUGAAGGAGGUAAAAUUGGUUCUUUGUUUGUAGUAAACCUUUCUCACAAAGUUCUAAAAUAUGUAAAUCGCACACGGAUGUUAUUUUGAAUAUCAAGUAUCUCGCUCGACCUGACUGGUUCUCUAGGGAUUUUCGUGUUUAAUUUACUAAGUGUAAUAAAAUUGAACUUUUGAAUUCUUUUGUAGGUGUUAAAAUUGGACCUUGGCUAUGUUGUAUACGUUCCACUGCAAGGGUCUAGCUAUCUGAGGCUUCCUAGAGAACUGGUAGAUAAAAAGGCAGUACUGAACAUAAAAAAUGACGAUGAAGGAUGCCUUGUGUGGAGUGUUUUGGCGGCCUUGCACCCUGUCCAUUGGAAGGAUCACCCAGAACACCGAUAUCACUAUAAGAAGUAUGUUAAUGAAUUAAAUUUAGAUGGUUUAGAAUUUCCCAUGAAAGGUAGUCAGAUAGCGAAAUUUAAACGGCAAAACACGGCUAUAAGUGUUAACGUCUUUGGUUAUGGACAAAAAGUACUCUUUCCUGUUUAUAUUACGAAAGAGAAAAAAGAAAAUCACGUCAAUUUAUUACUCAUAGCAAAUAAUGAAACAAGGCAUUAUUGCUUAAUUAGAAAUCUUAAUCGGUUACUUUCUUCAGUAACGAAAAAGAAAGCUCAAAAAUAUUUCUGCGAAUAUUGUUUACACGGGUUUAUCAGAGAAGACUUAUUGUUAGACCAUGAACCUCACUGUAGCAAACACGGGCCGCAAAAAAUCAAAUUACCGAACGAAGACAAUGAUGUAUUAUAUUUCAUGGAUGUUCAAAAACAACUGAAAGUACCAUUUGUCAUUUAUGCAGAUUUUGAAUCAUAUUUAGUGAAGUGUGACCAGCAACCUUUAAACCCCAGUAUUUCGUUUACGCAAAAAACGCAAGAACAUAAACCGAGUGGUUUUUGUUAUACGGUAGUUUCUGAAGUAGAGAAUUAG